AUGAGCACCACUCCUAUCAACCAAGAAGAGCUACCUCCAAGCUACUGCAAUGAAAAAAAAGGAGACCCUCCAUCCUAUACAUCUGUCGCCCGCGCCUUAACCACUCUCUCGGAAGGUGACCCUGAUGAAACCAUUCCCGUUCCCAUGAUUACCCGCACAGUCGCCAACUCAAUCCACAACUACAACCCCUUCUCCCGCAAACAAGGCGAAGUGAAACAAUCCAUAAUCAUCCGUCAAAUGAAGCGCUCGCAGUACCUGGCCCACUAUGUCAAAGAUGCGGAAGGAAAUUUUGUGGGUACGGGAACUCCGGCACCGGAUUCGGGGUUAGUGUUUGUGCCGGGGAAAAGUAGUAGUGAAGAGUUGCUCAAGCAAGCUAACGAGGUGGCGCUGGGGGUGCAGAGGAGGAGGGGGAAAGGGAUUGGGAAGUUUGGUAUGCCGCAGGAUGACAGUAGUAGUGUAAUGAUGGGAGGUGGGUUUAAUGUGGUGGGGUAG